UUCUCUUCAGGAAUUCUCCAACGGUUUAUGGCGACAUCGACUGGUAAAUUAGUUCAGGAACGCUAGCGCUCACUCGAGGCUAAGUUGAGAUCUUUUCUACGUUACUCUUAACAGUUACAGGUGGCCUCUUUACAGAAUUGAAAUGAAUUGGUUUCACUGUAAUAACUGUUAUGUGAGAGAGGGGAAAAAAUUCGUAGUGUCCAGUUGUGGCCAUAUAUUUUGUGAGAACUGCGUAAAUACAAGUCAGUGCGGAAUUUGUCAUGGCAACUGCAACUACCUCCAUAUAUCUGAUCAGAUGAAGCCACAGGAAAAGAUGUUUUUCAAAGAUCCAGUGAAACUCGUUCAGUCUCGACUGGAACAUAUUGCACAGAUUGCUAUUUUUCAGAAAAGGCAGAAGGAGCGAGUCAUUGCAUUCCUAAGGAGCAGGUCUGUGGAACUAGAACGAAAAGUGAAAGAAGUCCGUGAUCAGUGCUACAGGCAAGUGUCUGAGCUGAAACAAGAGAACGAAGAACUAAAGAAACCGCUUUCUCAGAGGAGGACAUCUCCUGGGAGGUUCCCAAUUAAUGGAGGAACUCCAAGGAUGAUUCUUCCUGUGGCUGUCACAUCCCCAGUCACACCUCGCUCAAGAGCUGUCAGUUCGGGUGACACUUUGGAGAGGUUUAGACAUUCCAGACUCGGCAUGACAACACCCCCAGGGUCAUCCAUCUCUAUGUCUAGCAUGAGUUCAGUACACGAACAAAGUUUCAGGACACCCAGCUCAGUUAACACUCCGACAAGGUCCCAACAUACAACCCCAAACAACUUUCAGUUCCAGCUUCUGGCUAGGCCUACAAUCCAGUCCCCGAGGCAAUAACCAAUAAUCAGUUGUAGCUAAUUUGGGUCAUUAGAAAGCCACUUCAUCAAUAUCGCACCAAUAUUUCAAAAGAUGAGUGAUCUACUUCAUCCAUCCUUCAUAUCAGUAGAUCUAAUUGUAUUGACAUUAAUUUAUUUGAAAAAUACAGUUUUUAAGAUUUUGAGUAAAUAAAUGCUAUAUAAGCCCCCCCCCCCCAAAAAAAGGUAGCAUUAUUUUAUUGUAUUUAUUAUUUAAUUUUUAUGAUUUUUUUUUUUUGCUAAAAUUUUUGAGGUGUUCAAUUUUAUUUUGGUUUUAUAAAAUAAACGCAUUUGCUCUUCUCGCAAAUCAAAUCAACCAGUUUUUCACUUGCACGUCUCUUUGACUAGAGUAUCUUUGAACCUAUAUUCAGUAUAAGUAAUACACUCAAGUUCUAUUCACUUCAGAUACUUUAAGACUUUUACUCAAGUUGUUUUGUAAUUGGUGACUUUGUAACUUGUAGUGAGGUAAUUUA